CAUCAUAAAGACCUCCCUAGAAUACUUUUCCUCCUACACCUACUUCAAUUGUUCCCAGAAGUCUGGUAACAGAGUCAGAAAACUUUCUAACUAAACACCGAUAAGACUUCAUACAACUCACAAUACUCUCUAUAUUGUGAUCAUCACAACAGCCAAGGCUACCUAACGGAAGACAGUGAUUGAGCUCACAACUGGCUGCCAGCUUUUACCUUCCUCUUCACCAUUUAAAACUUCAGACUUCCUGCUUUCCUUGCAUCAUGGAGAAAGUCCAAUACCUCACUCGCUCUGCUAUAAGAAGAGCUUCAACCAUUGAAAUGCCUCAACAAGCACGUCAAAAUCUCCAGAACCUAUUUAUAAAUUUCUGUCUCAUUUUAAUAUGUCUCUUGUUGAUCUGCAUCAUUGUGAUGCUUCUCUGAAGUUCUGCUGCAAUCCCCAGUGAUGCAACUUGUCACCAACAGCAUAAAAUCUGUCAUCCCAUGAAGAACGGGAAAUAACUACAUACCAGACCACUUCCUAAGUAGAAGAAUUUCUUUGUGAAAAGGUCAAGAUUCAGAACAAAACAAUUAUUAGCAAAUGUAUUCAUCUGUGGGAUCUUGUAAACAUGAAAGGAGCUUUAUUUUCAAAAAUUAACUUCAAAAUGACUAUAAGUGUGUAUAAUGUAACUAUCAAAUUCCUUUACAGAGCUUGUAAGUUUCUAUCCCAAAUUUCUUCUGAGGAUGAACUAGAAGUUUAGUUUUGAAACUGCACUGUUAACCCGUUCACUUCACCUAUAAAGCAUUAGCUUCACUUUUUGGGGUAAAUGUAUAUUGUACUGCAAAAGCCUCUCCGAUGUUUAAGUAUUUUUCAGGUUUUCACCAAGUUUGUACCAAACUAAUCACUCAAAUGAAGUGUCAUCAUUUGAAAUAGCCUAUGGAUUCCUCACAUCAUUUACUUUUGUUAUUAUCAUUCAGAAGUCUUUGUAGUAACUCUCAAAACCUACAUUUUAAAACAGAAAUUGUAUUCUUUCUCUACACUACACUAACAUUUUUAAGCUUUAUGAAAAACAAAUAUGAAAAGGCAAGGCCAUACGCUUACAUAAAUAAAAUUUCUCUUAUUUUUUUCAAAGAAUUACAGAAUUCUAGUAUACGUAGGCUAACAAUAACUCUAUCCUCUCUAGUACAUUAUGAUCGUCAGAUGAGAACUACUGGUUAAUUUAACAACUGAUAGUAUAAUUAGCCAUAAUUAUUAAUACACUACUAGAAUUUAACCUUAAUUUAAGGCACUAUAGUUGAUCAUCUGAGUAUAUAACUUACUACACUAUGUCUUUUGAAUCAUGAAAGCUUAACACUUUAGAAUGAUUUUAUAGAUUGUCUUCUAUUCUAACCUCAUACUCAAUGUAGGCAAGGAAAAUAAUUUUUAAAAGAAUAAAAGAAAUAUAUAUUAUUUAAAGCAUUUAAAAAAUAAAAAUUUGGGUUCCCCCAAAUUAAUUAUUUGAUCACAUUUUGACACAAACUUCUUGUCCUACCGUUUAUUAAGAGGAUAUAGCUAUUUUCCUUAAUCUAUCAACCAGAUGGUCAAUACCUACCUACUUGGCAGGCCAUUCUACCAUGCUAAGUUAUAAAUCCAGCAAUGCUAAUCUACAAUUAUUUUCUUGCUGAAUACAUUUUCAAUUUCCCCUGUGAUCAUUUAAAAAUACCUUCCAACUCAUAAUGGAAGUUAAAAAAAAAAAGUGGUGUUGGAAAAUACAUUCACCAAAAUGUCAUGAUUUAAGUAAUCUGACUCAGUUUAAAAUCAGGCCUAAAGUAAUUUAUACCUAUACUGCAUAAUCCAAUAAUUUUAGCUUCAAUUCAAGACAUAUUACUAAUAUAGCAAUUACUAAAAGAGUAGAAAACACAUAAUUUACUGACUUGCCAAAAUGAGGUUACUAAAAGAAUUUGAAAAGUCAGUAUACCAACUCUGGUUUGUAGUACAAGUGCUACUAACAGUGUGGUCUAGGAGACACUGCUUUUUUUCUGGGCAUCUGAGAGGUACUGGAGAUGGGGAGGGAGACAGUUUUGGUUCACUGAUAUCUGAGAAAAGAGGAAAAAGGGAUCUCAUACUGACAGGGAGAUUUCUUCAGCAAAGCCUCAUCUAUGGUCUGGAAAUCCCUAACAUCAAUUAAAAAGCUUAUAAAUAACAAGCAAUACAUUUACCUCACUGGUGUCAGUAAUAACUUAUGAAAAAAGUAACCAAGUUCUAUUAUUAGCUGCACUGAUCUUAAAAAUAAGUGGAAAAUUCGAAAUGCCAAAUUUUAUGCCUUCCAUUAUAUUGUUCUCUCUAACAUCAACAUCAAACUAUAAAAUGUGAAGUCAUGGGGUUUUUCCUAAGUAAAACAGAAGUAAGUUUUUUGUUUUCAUUCUGCCCUUAACAGAAAUUAAAAUCUUUUUCUUGAAAAUUACAGAAUACUGUAACUCAGACUAUAAUAUAGAACAAAAAGCUAUUCUUUAAAUGGAACUUAUUUAUUCUGUUUAUCAUGAUAUGUAAAGAGUAAGAAAUAAUAAAACAAUGUAUUUAAAAUUUUUUAAAUAUCAAAUGUUCUUUCUCCUGUAGAAUAAAUUCUACUCUUAAUUUACAGGGUACUAAAAAUGAACCAAUUUUUCAAUGUUUAAUGUUCCUUUUAUACUUUAGCUGGUUCAAAAUGUUUGUUUAAUGUAAACCACCUACAAUAAAAAGAACUGUUUUGAACUCGG